AUGAUUGAAGAAAACCCAAGACAAUGGCAUGUGUUUUUAUCAGAAGCCGUUUGGGCGAAUAGAACCAGUCAGAAGUCGGCUACUGGGACUUCGCCUUUCAGACUGGUAUAUGGCUAUGAUGCGAUGUUGCCAAUGGAGCUGACUGUCACGUCUACUCGCCGCAGAUACCAGAGUGAAUUGUCCAAAGACGAUUACUUCGACAAGAUGGUGAUAGAUUCUCUUGACCUUGACGAAGAACGUUUGACGGCGUUAGAUCACCUAGAAGCCCAGAAAAGAAGGGUCGAGAGAGCUUACAACAAACGGGUAAAACGAAAAAUAUUUACGGUGGGCGACAUAGUAUGGAAAGCAGUCUUGCCUAUCGGCCAUAAAGAUACUCGGCUUGGCAAAUGGAGCCCGAACUGGGAAGGCCCCUUUAUUAUGGUCAACAAGUUAACAGGUGGUGCUUACUUGUUGGCGAACAUUGAUGGGGAAGAACACGACAGGGCGAUCAACGGUUAG